UAUCAGAGUGUCCGCUGAGAGCUCAGCCAGUUGCUCAUAACCUUCACAGGGAUCAAACAGACAGACAGACAGACAGACAGACAGACAGACAGACAGACAGACAGACAGACAGACAGACAGACAGACAGACAGACAGACAGACAGACAGACAGACAGACAGACAGACAGACAGACAGACAGACAGACAGACAGACAGACAGACAGACAGACAGUACCACAGCCGUGACAGUGGAGUAGAGAGCGGAACAUUUCACAGUCUCUGGUACGACUGUUCACCUCCAGAGGGGUGAGGAGGAUUUGCAGUUUGAGUUCAGGAUGGAGACAUAUGAUGAGAAAACAAACACAUGUGGGAUGAUUUGUCUGAAAUAUCUACUAUUGACCUUUAACCUUCUCUUCUGGCUGGCAGGUGGUAUGGUGAUGGCGGUGGGGGUGUGGACCCUCGUAGAGAAGAGUGACUACAUCAGCCUCCUCAACUCCACCUACUACUCUGCCUCUGCCUACAUCCUCAUAGCUGCCGGGGCUAUCGUUGUCUUCACUGGGAUCGUAGGCUGCUGUGCCACCCUCAAGGAGAUGAGGAGUCUGCUAAUAGUGUAUUUCAUCCUGCUACUCUGUAUCUUCUUGCUGGAAAUUGUAGCUGGAGUCCUGGCCUAUAUCCAGUACCAGGAGUGUUUCCCUUUCUGCCAACAGCUGGACAAGGAGCUGCAACACAACCUGAAGGAGACCAUGGUUCAGAAAUACCAGCAGUCUGGAGAGGAGAGCAUCACCAGUGCAGUGGACAAGCUGCAGCAGGAGUUUAAGUGUUGUGGUAGUAACAGCUCGUCAGACUGGUCAGACAGUGUGUGGAUCCUGACACCUAGCAAUGAUAGACUGGUCCCAGACAGCUGCUGCAAGACACCCAGUAACCUCUGUGGCCGCAGAGACCACCCCUCUAAUAUCUACAAGGUGGAGGGCGGUUGUAUCACUAAGCUGGAGACGUUCAUUCUGAGCCAACUGCAGAUCCUGGGAGCAGUGGCGAUCGGGAUCGCCUUCCUCCAGCUCGUAGGGAUGAUUCUUGUUUGCUGCCUAUAUCGAAGUCUGAAGGAGGAGUCGUACUGAGUAUCACUGAUGUCACAAAAUCAACAGCAGGAAGACAACAACAACACAACCACAACAACAGCAACAACAUAUUUCCCAGUAUUUAGAUAUGCUUUCUCUCUGUCUCGAACGCUACAUAUGUCUCAUGGAGAUAUGUGGAAUGAAAAGUCAUUUUUUUCGAAGACAAAAUUAACCUAUGUUGAAGCUUAGGUAAGGCAGACAAACAGGCAGAAGGCAUACAGACAGGCAGUCUGGCAGGCAGGCAGCAGUCAGACAGACAAGCAGCAGACAGGCAGUCAGACAGACAGGCAGGCAAAGAGGCAGGCAGACAGGUCACAGGCAGGAAGGAAGCAGCAGACAGACAGACAGACAGACAGACAGACAGACAGACAGACAGACAGACAGACAGACAGACAGACAGACAGACAGACAGGGAGCAAACAGGAAGGCAGGCAGGCAGGCAUGCUGUGGGACAGCCAGUGUUAUAGAGUUGGAUAGCGUCUACACUGUAUUGUAUGAGUUUCUAUUCUUUGUUUAAUUUUCUCUUCCUGCCAAAGUCUAUUAUGCCUUGGGUAGGGGCAGCUGGUAGCCUAGUGGUUAAAGCAUUGGGCCAGUAACCGAAAGGUUGCUAGAUCGAAUCCCCGAGCUGACAAGGUGAAAAUCUGUCAUUCUGACCCUGAACAGGGCAGUUAACCCACUGUUCAUAGGCCGUCAUUGUAAAUUCAAUUUUUUUCUUAACUGACUUGCCUUGUUUAAUAAACGUAUAAUAUAAAUAAAAUGCUGGAAGAUAGUCUAUUCUGCCUUGGGUAGAUGCUGGUGGAUAUUCUGCCUUGGGUAGAUGCUGGUGGAUAUUCUGCCUUGGGUAGAUGCUGAUGGAUAUUCUGCCUUGGGUAGAUGCUGGUGGAUAUUCUGCCUUGGGUAGAUGCUGGUCGAUAGUCUAUUCUGCCUUGGGUAGAUGCUGGUCGAUAUUCUGCCUUGGGUAGAUGCUGGUGGAUAUUCUGCCUUGGGUAGAUGCUGGUCGAUAGUCUAUUCUGCCUUGGGUAGAUGCUGGUGGAUAUUCUGCCUUGGGUAGAUGCUGGUGGAUAUUCUGCCUUGGGUAGAUGCUGGUGGAUAUUCUGCCUUGGGUAGAUGCUGGUAGAUUUCGACAUGUACAGUGCCUUCAGAAAGUGCCGUAUUCAUACCCCUUGACUGUUACAGCCUGAAUUCAACAUGGAUUAAAUAUAUUUUCCUCAUCAAUCUACACACAAUGCCACAUAAUGAUAAACUGAAAACAUUUAUUUAGAAAUGUUUGCAAAAAUGUGUUGAAAGUGAAAUACAAAAAUAUCUAAUUUACCUAAGUAUUCACACCCCUGAGUCAAUACUUUGUAGAAACAACUUUGGCAGCGAUCAUAGCUGUGAGUCUUUCUGGGUAAGUCUCUAAGAGUUUUCCACACCUGGAUUGUGCAACAUUUGCCCAUUUAUUAUUUUCAAAAAUCAUUCAAGCUCUGACAAAUUGGUUGUUGAUCAUUGAUAGGCAACCAUUUUCUAGUCUUAGAUUUUCAAGUAGAUUUAAGUCAAAACUGCAACUCGGCAACUCAGGAACAUUCACUGUCUUCUUGGUAAGCAACUCCAGUGUAGAUUUGUCCUGCCGAAAGGUGAAUUCAUCUCCCGGUGUCAGGUGGAAAGCAGACUGAACCAGGUUUUCCUCUAGGAUUUUGCCUGUGCUUAGCUCCAUUGCAUUUAUUUUUUAUCCUGAAAAACUCCCCAGUCCUUAACAAUUACAAGCAUACCCAUAACAUGAUGCAGCCACCACUAUGCUUGAAAAUAUGGAGUGGUACUCAGUAAUGUGUUGUAUUGGCUUUGCCCCAGACAUAACACGUUAUAUUCAGGACAAAAAGUGAAGUGCUUUGCCACAUGUUUUGCAGUAUUAGUUUAGUGCCUUGUUGCAAACAGGAUGCAUGUUUUAGAAUAUUUUUAUUCUGUACAGGCUUCCUUCUUUUCACUCUGUCAAUUAGAUUAGUAUUGUGGAGUAACUACAAUGUUGUUGAUCCAUCCUCAGUUUUCUCCUAUCGCAGCCAUUAAACUCUGUAACUGUUUUAAAGUCACCAUUGGCCUCAUGGUGAAAUCCCUGAGCAGUUUCCUUCCUCUCUGGCAACUGAGUUAGGAAGGAGGACUGUCACUUUAUAGUGACUGGUUGUAUUGAUACACCAUCCAAAGUUUAAUGAAUAACUUCACCAUACUCAAAGGGAUAUUCAAUGUCAGCUCUAAUUAUGUUUAGCUUUCUACCAAUUGGUAUUGGUAGAAAACCUUUCUGGUCUUUGUGGUUGAAUCUGUGUUUGAAAUUCACUGCUCGACUGCGGGACCUUACAGAUAAUUGUAUGUGUGGGGUACAGCGACGAGGUAGUAAUUCAAAAAUCAUGUUAAACACUAUUAUUGCACACAGAGUGAUUCCAUGCAACUUAUUAUGUGACUAGUUAAGCUAAUUUUUACUCCUGAACUUAUUUAGGCUUGCCAUAACAAAGAGGUUGAAUACUUAUUGGCUUUUCAUUUUUAAUUAAUUUGUUAACAUUUAGAAAAACAUAAUUCCACUUUAACAUUAUGGGGUAUUGUGUGUAGGCCAGUGAGAAAAAAAAUCGCAAUUUUAAUCAAUUUUAUUUCAGUCUGUAACACAACUAAAUAUGGAAAAAUUCAAGGUUGUGAUUUACUUUCUGAAGGCAUUGUCCUUAGCUACAAAUGUGAGUUUUAGGCCUUAAAUAGGAUUAUAUUGAAGCUGUUUAUGCAGAAGUUCAAAUUAGUCUGUUACAUUUGUUUAUUUAGUCUUAUAUUCAACAAAUGUAUUUUCAGAUUGUUAUAAAUCGGCUUAUUUGCAUUGUUUAAUCCUCACUUGCUAAAAUCCACUGUACACGUUACUUUUAUUUUGAAAUGGGUUCAGAGAGAGAAAACGUGUGUUGAACUGUCAUUGGCUAGAUGAAAUUGAGUUCGUACUGUCAUUGGCUGGAUUUCCAAACCAGUUCCUGUUUUAAUUUUUAUAAUGGCUCAUUAAGUUCUCCUGGCAGCAAGAUAUUAUGUACAUUGUGGAUUUCUUUUUUCAAAAUAAGAGUCCUCCUACAAAGACAUGUUAAACUUUGGGAAUAUCGAUUUUCUUUUUUACUCUAGUACAGUACAACUGUUUUUCACAGCAUUGCAACCACCUUUAAAAAAAUAAAUGGAUAAUCUGACAUA